AUGAGUGCGGGCCAUUGUGGAGGACAGUGUGAGUCCCGGGCUCCGGUGGCCGGUGUAGCCAGGGCCGGGGACUCGCUACCCGGCAGCCGCCCACAGGUGAUCCACAGCGGGCACUUCAUGGUGUCGAGGCCGCACGGCGACAGCACAUACAGCGACUUGGAGCAGCAGAGUCUUCGGGCGGAGUGCCCGGACUGUCGGAGCAGCGAACCCAGCUUGAGCCGCCUGCUGGAGUGCAUGAGCCUGGCGUACAGUGGAAAGCUGGUUUCUCCAAAAUGGAAGCAAUUCAAAGGUUUGACACUUCUAUGGAAGGACAAAAUCCGUCUGAACAAUGCUAUCUGGCGAGCAUGGUUUACACAGUAUGUACAAAAGAGGAAGAAUCCUGUAUGUGGGUUUAUCACUCCCUUGGAAGGGUCUGAGGCUGAUGAACACCGUAAACCAAAGGCAAUUGUGUUGGAGGGAAACUACUGGAAAAGGCGGAUUGAGGUUGUAAUUAAAGAAUAUCAUAAAUGGAGGAUCUACUUUAAAAAACGAUUACCCAAGAACAGUGAUGAUGGCCUGUCUAGCCUGGUAAAGCAGGAUAUCAUCACAAAGAAUGUGCAGAAAUGGUCAAGUGAAGAUCUCGAGGAUUCAGUAUCGAUGGAGGAGGUGAAUCCAGUUCUCUGUGAUUUAGAUGAUCUUUUCUCUGAUAUCUCAGACACACUGUUUACCACAAUGGAGAAGACAAAGCCAUGGCCAAAUGCAGUGUACACCAGCAAUGCUGACAUCAUUCAACCAGACCUCACUCCCCUACAGCCUAACCUGGAUGGGUUGAUGGAUGUGCAAGGGUUCUUCAGUGGUCCCCAUCAUCCACACCCAGCCAAUUCCUUUCCAGAGCACAGUCACCUUUCAAACUUCUGCAGCAACCCCUUUGGAACAGUAACCUUCACUGUCCCAACAGAAAAUAUGCUGCAUGACAAUCAUCAUCCACAGGUAGACAUCCUCUCAGAUCCUGGGUUUACCCUGACCAUUAAUACAGCUGCAAUCUCCAACCAGCUUUUCCCUGGGUCCACAGAGUCUGUUGACAGCCAGAGUGUUAUUUCUGGCUCAAAGUUCCAACCACCAGUACAUUAUGAACAGAGACCAAGAUAUCUACUUCCAAAGAGCAUCACAGCUCAGUCACCUUGCAAACCUUCCUAUUGGAACACAAUUCUGUCUGCACCAAGUUCUACAGUAAUCAGCCAGCAAGAACCAUUACCUUGUCCAAGGCCUCUUCUGAAUCCAAAAUACAGAUCUGGAACUGAUGUGUUUCUCCCAGUCACCACUGACUCCGCACCAUCACCUUUCAGCCAUCAAUGCUCAGCUUUCACCUUUCCUGCAGCCAUGAUGCUGUCUCCUUCAGACACCAGUCCACCAUCCCCUGCAACAGUCCCUUCUGUUCAACUGAAGCCUCAUAUGCAGCAAGUCACUUUACCCCAAGUGCAGUCGCUCCAUUCUGUGUCAAAGUGGAAACACAAGCCCACAAACUCAGAAGAGGAGUUAUUUCCCUCAACUGUAUCUUCGCAGUCUCAAGACUUAAUCCAGCUGCUCUCAGCAGAGAAACAAGAAGAUGGACCAUUAGCACAGUUCAUUGUCUGCCAUGACCUUGUCCCUUCACCAUCCAGCUGUCUGAUCACAACUGUGGCUCAGGGAAACUGUCCCUCAAUGAACCAGGAGAACGGGGUUCAGUGACACAGUCAACAUGUUCCACUGCAAACAGGACAAGGCCCCAAACAAACAAGUCUGUGACAAGACGGAUCAUUCACAUCUCCGCGGAGCAGAAGAGGCGUUUCAACAUCAAACUAGGCUUUGAUACCUUGCACAGUCUGGUGACAUCCCUUGACUCACAGCCAGCU